AAAAUAAAUAUCGGAACUAGUUUCUUUAAUUAUUUUCAUUUUCGUUCAGAAUUAAAAGAGUUUCUUUCAUUUAUCAUACGUACUUUAAAAGAAUGCAGACAUAGGAUACAGAAUUGACUGUUGGACAGUAAUUAAUGUGUCUAAUUUAAUUAAGAGCCAUCAAUUAAUUCAAUUUUCAAGCUAAUUUUUCGAAUAUAAUUUAAUUCAUUCAAGCCUAUAAGUGAUGAAAGCGAACGAGUGACAGCCAGAAAAAUAGAUGAUUGAAUGACAACGGCAUUCAGGUGAAAAGAGAGAACUAUUGGAAGCAAUCAAAUAGAAAAAAUUAAUAGGAAUAAAGUUCUAAGUUGGAUCAUUUGAAAAAAUGUACGUGCCAGAGGCAGUUCGAUAUGUGAUAAUUUUAGUUUUAGUCUAUGUCCAAUGGGUAGAGUCCGCAACGAUACAUAAUGUAAUAGAGGAGAAUGUUCCUGUGCCGACAUAUUCGAACUGUAAAGCAUUAACAAGCACAUCGUUAGAUUGCUCAAAUCUAACACUUAAAGCUAUACCAAAUGAUAUACCAAACACAAUAUUAACAUUAGACCUCAGCAAUAAUCAGCUACACCUUGAUGAAUCUUCCUUUACAACAUGCUGCGGUAAUUUACUCGAGCUGGAUCUUUCGAAUAAUGGAAUUACAAAAAUAAGCCAAGAGAUAUUCAAAUAUUUAGUCAAUAUUACAUCACUUAUACUUAGGAACAAUGAUAUAAGUGACUUUGAUUCAGACACUUUUGUCAACCUUACAAACCUUGAACGACUGGAUUUGUCUAAAAAUCCAUUAAUUCUUCAGAAAGGAUUUAUCAACAAUUCUUACUUGACAACUUUAAAUUUAGAUGAUUGCGGACUAAGUGAAAUACCUGAUGAGGCUUUUUCAGGCAUUAAGCAACUAGUAAAUCUUACACUUAGUGGAAAUAACUUUGAUGAGAAUUUUGAUUCAAGUGCAUUUGAGGACCUUACAGUUCUUACUAAGCUCGAAAUGAUGAAUAUUUCACGUUCAUCAAUAUCUGAAUUGUGUGGGAAAUUGACAGGAAUUGAUACUGUUAAUUUUGAAGGAUUUAAUUUUAGUUGCUUCAUCUAUUCAGCUGAAGAUAAUUUUGAGGAUGCAAUUGUGGGCAACGAUCCACCAAUUGAGCAACCAUUGACAAUAGAAAGAACAACUAGAACCACAAAAUCACCAUUAGCAUCGUCGAUUAUGACUUCAACAUCAUCAACAACAUUAAGCGUGGCUAAAAUUGCUUCUGAGAAUAUUCUCACAAAUGACCAAGGAAAUCAACAGCCUGAUAUAAUAGCUACAACAGAAACUGUCGAUCAUUCCGUAGACAUUGAUAAUCAAACUUUAAAAUACAUUUUAAUAGCUAUUCUUGCUAUAACUUUAUCAGGCAUUCUAAUUGGUUUAGUAUGUCGAGCAGAUGUGUGUGGAUUAAAGACAAAAAUGUGUAGAAGUAAGAAGGCAAAUAAUAAUCGACGAGCUCCAGAGGAUACUGUGAGUCCAUUUGAGGAAAUUCCUCUGAAUACUGUAAAUUCUAAUGGAAAAACUAUCGAGGGUCAAGAUAAAAUUAGGAUGAGAUGAGAUAUAGUAAUUACAGGGAAAUUGGUGACCUUAUGCUUAAGACAUAAUUGAUAUUUGCAAGUUUUUGUGCACAAAAAGCAAACCAAAGUUUAUGAAAAAUAUUUUUUUAAGUGUGUAAAUAUGAUUAAGCCUUUUGAUUCAUACUUCCUGUCUUUAUGUUACAGUGGUUCUUUUAAUUUCUUAAUGCUGGAACGAAUUUAACGGGUUCUUAAGAUUGGAUUAACGGUAUUAAAUUCCAGCGUAAGGAGAUUUCUUAAAAACCUGUUUGAUUCUGUUCCUUACUGCUCAAUUUUCAAGUUAUGCAAAUAUUUUUUUUACUCAUCACAAAUUAUGUGUUCAAAUCGGAGAUGUUAACGAGGAUUUAAUUGACAUUGAGACAUCUUUAUAUGCUGAAAAUAAGGCAUGCAAAUGUCGAUAAAUGGCCUUAAAAAUGUCACAUUCGAAUGCAAAUUUUUCAUGCUGACACAAGGCUUUGGCACUGAUAGUAUCAAAUGUUGUUGUACCCGAGUGAUGCAAAGCUGUUGAGCUGCUUCAAAACUUGGAAUAAAUAUUCUCAAUUAACCUCGUUAACAUGUCUGACUUCCGAUUUAAUUUUAAUAUUUUUGUUUACACUUUUUGAUAAAAUUUAAGAAAAAAAUGAUCAAAAAAAUUUAAAGUAUGAACCGCAAAGUGGGACUUGAGAUGAUAAAUGUUAUCAAAAUUAUUUAAUAUCCUUUUCGACACAUUCCUCUUCCAAUUUAUGAAAAGUAAAGGUUGAUUCCUAAUUAUUUUGGCUCUUACCAGUGUAUUGUCCCAGAUGUGCCUUUCAUUUGGCAGCUCUGGAUUUUAACUUCUUCCACAAAAAUUAUUAAAAAUCAAAAUUGGAACAAAAAGUUCCAUCCAAUAAUUAAUGAAUAAAUUUUUAAGUCAGCCAUUAAAAUUUUCAUAAAUUUUUCUUAUAUCCAAAAUAUUUUACUAACCUUUUCGCAGUGACUCUUUGGGAAUGACCCAGAGUGUUAAAAUUUUUGCUUAUUAUUCAUCACUAAUUCAUUAUGUAAUCCUGCCUAUUUACUCU